CCAUAACCUCAACACAUCUGUUACACAGCCAUUGGUUUUUCGUUUUUAUGGAGGUCAUCAAGCUAGAUAUGGAGACAUUCAUGUCGCUUUUCUCUCUACUGCGGCCCCUGGUUGUGUUCUUUGUUUCCUUUUCUGUAUUCCAUGUGAUGCUAUGUCGAUUUGUUGGAGCUCGGAAACUUUCCGGUAACGACUAUGGUCAUGGUCCUCCGACGUAUCCCAUCAUCGGAUGCUUGAUCUCUUUCUACAAGAACAAAACCCGUCUGCUUGACUGGUAUACAGAGCUGCUAGCGGAAUCGGUUACUAACACGAUUGUGGUGAGGCGGCUCGGGGCACGGAGAACAAUCGUCACUGCAAAUCCCGACAACGUUGAGUACAUUCUCAAGACAAAUUUCAGCAACUUCCCCAAAGGAAAACCGUUCACCGAAAUCCUUGGUGACUUUUUGGGGUACGGAAUAUUCAAUGUUGACGGGGAGCUCUGGCUUGCUCAGCGCAAGUUAGCGAGCCACGCCUUCAGCACCAACUCGCUGAGAGAAUUCGUCGUGAACACUUUAGAGGAGGAAGUGGAAAACCACCUGGUACCGGUGCUGGAGCGGUCGGCAGAGACGGCGGUAGUGGUGGACUUGCAGGAGCUGUUACGAAGAGUGGCGUUUAAUAUGAUAUGUAAGGUCUCGUUAGGGAUAGAUCGCUGUAGUUUGGAUCCCUCUUUACCGGUUUCGCCUUUGGAUAGAGCGUUUGAUAUGGCAUCGGAGAUAUGCGCCAGGCGCGGGGCUGCACCGUUGUUUUUGAUCUGGAAGAUUAAAAAAUGGCUUGGAAUUGGAUCGGAGAGAAAACUCAAGGAUGCUGUUCGAGAAGUUCAUGCUUAUGUUGCAGAAUUAAUCGAAGAUAAGAAGAAAAAGAUCGGAACAGGAGAUAAUGAAAUGAGCAGUAACCAACAAGAUCUGUUGUCGAGAAUGAUCGUUGCCGGUCAUGAAGAAGAGGUGAUAAGAGACAUGAUGAUUAGCUUCAUCUUGGCGGGGAGAGAUACGACUUCCGCUGCAAUGACAUGGUUGUUCUGGUUGCUUUCCUGCCAUCCAGAGAUAGAGCGGGAGCUGUUAAAAGAAACAAGCGCCAUGGCACCGGAAAAAAUGUUAGAUUUUGAAUCAUUGAAGAAACUGAAACUUUUGAAAGCUUGCAUAUGUGAAUCCAUGCGGCUUUACCCGCCUGUGGCCUGGGAUUCCAAGCACGCCAUGGAAGACGACACGUUGCCGGACGGAACACCAGUCACAGCGGGAGACAGAGUGACGUAUUUUCCUUACGGCAUGGGAAGAAUGGAAGCGUUGUGGGGGAAGGACCGGUUCAAGUUCAAACCAAGCCGAUGGUUUAACUACAAUAGACUAGGAGGUUCGUUAAAGGAGGUAUGUCCUUAUAGCUUUCCCGUUUUCCAGGCCGGACCAAGGGUUUGCCUUGGCAAAGAAAUGGCCUUUAUUCAGAUGAAAUAUUUGGUUGCCUCAAUUCUCCGAAGGUUCGAAAUCAGACCGGUCAGUUCAAACAGGCCGGUCUUCGUCCCACUCUUGACGGCUCACAUGGCCGGCGGACUAAAAGUUCUGGUUCACAAGAGAGAUGUAUUAAGAUAAAAAAAAAAAAAAAGAAAAAAAGAAGAGAGAAGUCAAUGUCUCUGAAUUUUAUAUUAGAAAAUGUAUGAGCAAUGUAGCAUGCCAACAUGCCAUCAUGUUGCAUAUGUAAAAUAUUAAAUAAUAAGUCGAAAA